ACUACUACUACUACUACUACUACUACUACUACUACUACUACUGUUCAAGUAAUAUGGUAGGUGGGGGACGUUUGUCUUUUCCACAUGCUUGAACCGUGACGAGUGGUCCUUGUCAAGGACUUCUUUUCGUUGAUUCUUGUUGUUGUUUUUGUUUUGAGAGUGUGUGCGUGUGUGCAUGAGAUCGUUGACAAAUACAGAUAUAGAAGCAACCGAAGAUCAGGAAAAUGACACGGAAUGACGGUGCACCAGCCUCCUGUCCACGGACAGUACGCACGGAAAGUACGAUCAGACGUUAGUCUUCCAGCCAAUCCUAUCCUGAUUGUGUGCUUCAAUACAAAAAGUGGGAAGAUACAGUGCCGUCAAUGAUUGGACCUUGGUGGACGACAUUUCCUGGUUCCAAGGCCUUGUCGCAUCACGCCGUCACUUUUAGGAAGCAUCAUACAAUCCAAAUACGGUCGAUGAACAUAGUAUUCUAGAGAGAAAACCUACCCCUAUUCUUUCUUUCUCUCUCCAUGUGUCAAUAUGACAUGAAAUUAUGCUGAUGAAGCACUGGCACUUCAAUUUUCCGUCGGGACCAAAUUUAACCACCCAAUUGACGACGACGUUCUCGGGGUUUCUCAGUCAUCAUGAUGCUUGGUUCUUGGGCGGAUGUUCGCCGAAAUUGCUCCCUGAUCCGGGCCGGCUCAUCUUGGCCAUUCGGUCAAUCUGAUCUUCCUGCUCCAGCCCCCAAAGUCUCGUGGUUCAUGUCCAAUCGUUGGCACCACGCCCCUGGCCAUUAUUCCAGUUGUGCUACGGAUUGCCGUUCUUCGGGCGCGAAUCUUUCGACGGGAAACCUGCCAUUCGUCGACGAUGGAGUCUCGCGGUUGCCAAACGGACAAGAUCCAGCAUCGCGGACCUGGACCCGUCUCCGGGAGGGUGCCGGCCCACCCCUCGGCCCACCCCUCGGAGCAAGAACAGCCUUGUCCGUCUAAAACGGAUGUGGUUCCCACGUUUCACCCUAUUAGUAAGCACCUCAAUCGCACCUUUAGUCAGAAGUUGAUCCGCCGUCGGCGGAAAGUGGGUCGGACCUUAAAGUGUUUGUGGGUGUUCACCCCGCUGUCGUGCCUUUUCGCCCUCUCCUCGUUUACCUCGUCUGUGAUAUCGUCGGACUGGCUGCGGACAGAGGAGAAAAUGCCCAACCUAAAUCGGACCAUCCUCUUCGGACCCAACAAGUCGCCAGAGUAUCUGCCCAAAUUCACCACAUCUGGCCUCUUCGAGUUGUGCUUCACUCAGCCUGGGAAAUAUAAUUUCUCGUGCCUCAGCAUCGACUAUUUCCCCAAGGAGUCUUACCAACCUGACCAAAACGACUCGACCAUGUCCAUUCCAUAUGCUGUAAUUCAUGCUGCUUGGUUCUUCUUCGGUGCUGGCCUCCUGAUGAGCGUGGCUGGCCUACUGUGCUUGGUGGGACAUUGUCUCCGGAAAUGGAAGAUCUUGACCUUUGUCGCAGGCGUUGUGUUCAUCUUUGCCGGUUUGUCGUUGUUCAUCGGGCAAGUGAUUUACAUCGCCAUUCUCAAGGCUGAGGUAGGGUCCAAGCUGGUUCCCAUCUCGCUGCUGUCACCCCCUCGACUUACUUAUCAGUAUGGGUGGUCCUUCUUGCUCCUUGUGAUUUCCUUCCUCUCCUGCGAAGCUGCCGGAGUCUCAAGUAUCUUUCUCUAUAUGCACCAUCAUCAGUAUCGAUAUCUUUGCCGCCAAGACGAGAGCCGAAUCGGCGUGCACCUGCUCAAGAACUUGGCAGCUCCGCUGACAGGAGCUGAUCAACUGACAACAAAUGGAGACAUCAUUCGAGAGGCCAUUAAUAAAGCUGAAGAUGAAUUGGAGCAACAAGAGGAACACGAAGACACGCGCGACAUGUCAAGGUUCAUGGACCACAAGCACAUACCAACCAUGACAGUGGCAGAAGCGAACAAACGGCGAGACUCGGCGGAGAACAACCCCGUUUGGGCAGUGGGGAAUGGGCGGCUGAAGGGAGCACAAGGCGUCACAAAAUCAUUGGCUGUGGUGGACCCCUUCCAGGCGGGGGUCUUUCCGCCCGAGAAAACCACUCGCUUGGUGUCUCACCCCUGGAAUCAGGCGCAUUUUCACCCGCGACUCAAUGGGCAGCUCAAGAGCAGCUCAGGAUCGCCCCCCAAAAGACGGGCGGAUAUGUUUCUCUGCGCCCGCCAUCGAGCCGCCUCAUUGCGACGCCAUAAUCGCAGGGUCGAUCAUGAGUCGAAUCUUUUCGAGUGCCAGGCCCUACCCAAGCAGAGCCGGCAUCACCAUCCAAGUCAUCAAGCCGCCCAGUAUCCUCGAAUUUCCGAUGGUAAUUCCAGUCAGGAAGACGACGAGGACGAGGAUGACAGGAGCGAAAUCACCGCUGACGGUGACGACGAGGAUAGCUUUCGGGCUUUAUUGCAUCAAGAACGGCGCAACAAUGGGAUGCUGUCGGCUGACCGGCAUCAGCCCAAUUCGCACGUGCUUUCGUCUCGGAAUCCGCCUCACAUCACCAUGGAUUCAUUCACGAACCCGAGCUUCUUUCAGCCUCACCUCGAUUCUAGCCGUGCUCAUUCCGCCCCUUCGCCCUUCUGUCCUGCCUCCCACCACCAUCCCACCUUGCCCAACUCCGUACCUCGCCCCGCCACGGUGGCCGAGGGCUUGCCGGAAUUUCAUCAAUGCUGUCAGUGUGUCCAUUGUGGCUUUACCCUGACCAAUGAGGGUCCCAGUUCGUCCAAGAGCCACCAUGCCGCCGGUUGCAGAGGUGUCAGCGUAGGUGUUGGUGUUGGUGAUCCCGACCCUGACAGCUUCUUAUCUCGAGCCUCAGUCAUGCAUUCCUUGGUCGGACCUCGGAAAUGUUUGUGUGAGGAUUCGGCGCAUCAUUCGGCUAGCGUGACCAGCCAUCAUAAUCUCAUGCAAAGUCCACCGCUUCCCCAUUAUCCCAGUGAUUGUGGGCUCUACGAAACGGGCGUGGGGGAUCCGUUCUUCUUGGAUCAGGAUACCCGGGUAUGAAAUACCCUCAAUAUCCGGAGGAUACAGCUCAUUGUUCAUCAACAAAUUUGUGUAUCACAAUGCCAGCAGAGUCCACAAUAAAUCAUAUUUAUGUAGAAUUCUGAUCAAGGAUUUGAAGCUGUUCUUCUCAUGAAUGAAAGCUUUGUGGGUCAAUGGAAGAACAAGAGAUUAAUGUUAAGCCUAACCUUUUGACCUUUUCAGGUGUGUCCUAGUAACAAUAUAUCCCGAAUAUUAUAGGCUCUUUAACGCCCUAAUCACGGGACACAGGGGUUUGAGUAUUCCGUAACGAUAUGCACUGCAAUCCUUUUUCCCAUGUACCUAAAAGGAGACGUUCGUUGAGUUUUUCGUUCAUUUGGUAUUGGAAAUAGGAG